CUGUGUUUGUGGCGGGUGCAACAACUCCAGCAAAAGUGGACAUAGGGUCCAUUGCUUCCCCAAGGACAAAGGGAUCUUCCAAAGCUGGGUGCAAUUUGUUAAGGUUAGGCGAGCAGGUUUUUCCGCUAGCUCUGUUACCGCGCACUCAAGAAUAUGCAGCGCGCAUUUCAAGGAGGAGGAUUACCACUCAGGGGAUGCCAAGAUGGUCUCACUUGGUUUAAAGAGUGAGAGGUUGGCAAAGUUAAUUCCUACCGCCGUGCCGUCUGUGCAUGCAAACCUCUCUGCCUGCCCUGUCCCGAGGUCGAGAGACACCGUCUGCCGCAAGCGAGAGAGUGCCACGAUGUUGACAGACGCCUCACAGCAGGAGACCGUGGACAGUGUAGACACUGUGGAGAGUGUCGAUACUGGGGAUCAGCCCUUGCCCUCCUCCACUUCUGACGCUGGGAGUGGGACACAAUGUUAUUUGAAGCCCCCGCGAUGGUCUCACGUCCACAAGUCGAGAAUGUCCCUGUCAACACACGAAGUGGAAGAGACGCAUCAAAACAAAGAUGCUUCGCCCUACAUAUCAGAUACCGACUCCGAAGAUGAGCCCAAGCUUCCUCUCAACCAGUUCUAUCCAUACAUCCGUUGUGGUCUGUGCUGUGGCUUCCUCAUUGAUGCCACCACCAUCACAGAGUGCCUCCAUACAUUUUGCAAAAGCUGCAUCGUGAAGCAUUUCUUCUAUGGCAACAGGUGUCCUACCUGCAGCAUUGUGGUCCACCAGACACAGCCUCUCUACAACAUACGACCUGACAGGCAACUGCAGGAUAUUGUCUACAAAAUGAUUCCCUUUCUGGAGGAAUUAGAGCGAGAUCAAAUGUGUAACUUCUACAAACAGAGAGGCAUGGAGGUGCCAAAACCAGUGGUGCUGUCCCCCCCGACUCCCACUGUUGCACGUAAGCCCAAGAAGGACACGUCCACCCACUCCGUGUUCACCAUCCCCCCAGAGUUGGACGUGUCUCUGCUGCUGCAGUUUGUAGGUGCUGAGGAUGGUAUCAAAAACUACAAGCCGCUGGAGAGGCGCUACGUUCGGGUGUCUGGAGAAGCCACGGUGCGCCACGUGGAGCUCUUCAUCAGGAGGAAGAUGGAGCUCAGCCCCACCUGCCAGGUGGACAUGGUGUGUGGAGAUCAUCUCCUGGACCACGACCAGUCCCUCAAACAAAUCCAGAACACCAUGGGAGAGGAGGCUGUCCAGGAUGGCCUCUUGGUGCUCCACUUUGGCCUCGUUCUACCAAACGAGUCCUGAGCACGAGACCCUCCUACGGACAUACACUCAGUGGGUGUGUCUGCUCAUCUCAGGCUCCCGGCACCGCCACCUACUGGGCAGACUGGGUCCUGCUGGGACUAGUGAUGUAGUGUUUUUUUGGGGGGACAAAUGUAUUGGAGACAUUUGGGAGAGAGGUAGGAAACCUGCCCUCCAAAUAAGUAACGUCGGAGGGAGAAACGGACAAACCGACAUAAAUGCCUUCCUAGGAGAGGUUGUCGUAGGAGCGCACCACUACUCAGGAAGUUCUUGCACCCAAACACCAUCCCUGUUCCCAAGGGAUCGACCGUCUGGACCAUCACCCCGUGCCUGUUGAUUGCCAUGGAAAUGGCUUUAUUUCCUCCACCAAUGGUCAUGCUGAUGAGGUCGUAUGUUGGGACAAAGCACAGCGACUUCGUAAUAAUUGUAUGCGUUUGUUUUGCGUUUACGUUGUGGGAUGGAGAAUUGAUUAUUUAAAAUAAAAUAAAAAAAAGGGCUCCAAAUGCAAUUACCUCUUACUAGCGUUACCAAAUUUAUUUUUAAUUUAUUAGGAUUGAACUUACUUGUACAUUAUCUUCUGAAUCAAUUGCUUCCACGUUGAGUGACGCACGUCAUCUCCCAGCUUCUCACUUCCGUACAAGCUUUUUUUUGUUACUGUUUUGAGACCUGUAGGGAACUGUUUUUCAAAGUACUUAUUUGCGUGUUUAAUAAAUAUUUGUGUGAAACUGA